UUGUGAAUUGAUGUUGUUUUGUGUUGACAAAUAAAAUAGUUAAUGAAUUUUAAUUCCAGUUAAUAAUAACGCUUAAUGAGAGAAAUAGGAUGACAUGAAUUUGAAGUUAUCCCAAUUCUCACUCUCUCUGGGAAAAUCGAUAAAAGUAGGUUCGAGCAAAACAACGUUAAAAUAAAGGCAACCUCAUUAUGCGAAUGAGAUUAAUGGGAUUAAAAAUAAAAUUAUAUUGCGCAUGCGUAUGCUAUUCUAUAAUUUUUAGUUUUUCAAGAUGGACGCCGGGAUAUCAGGAAUAGUUCACAUGGAUAAUAUAGCUGAAAAUAGCAUAAUUCAACCGGACAAUGCAAAAACUCGACAGGCUACUAGAUAUGGUGUAAGACUGUUUCGUGAAUAUUGCAUUCAACAUGGUGUAGAGACCAUUAAUAAUUUGCCUCCGAGAGAUAUAGCUCGCAUGUUGAAAGGCUUUUAUGGGCAAGCUCGUACUAAAGAUGGCCAAAGAUUCAGUGUUAAUUCAUUGAUUGCAAUUCGGUAUGCAAUUAGCCGAUAUUAUCGGUCUCCUAUGGUACACAGAAAAAUUGACAUUGUUAAAGAUAGUGCUUUUAAUGAUGCGAAUGAGACAUUUAGAGCAGUUUUGAAAGACCUGGAACGUGAAUCCAGAGGUACAACAUGUCAAAAAGAAUUACAAAUGGUUGAUAUGGAUGAUCGGCGAAAACUCAGGCAUUAUUUUGAACAUGCAAUCAGUACUCCCAGGGGUCUGCUACAAAAGGUGUGGUACGAUUUAAUGCUUCGAGUGGGUAGAAGAGGACGAGAAAGCCAGCGCCUUUUAAACCGGAAUUCCUUCCGAAUUGCAAAAACAGCUGAUGGAAGGCAGUAUAUUUACCAGGUAGAUGAUGAAGAAGCGGGUAUAAUAUUGGAAAUUCCCGGCGAUCCAUUAUGUCCUGUAAAGACCCUUAAGUUUUAUUUGAGUCGCUUAAACCCAGCCUGCAGAGCCUUAUUUCAGCGGCCUAAAGAACAUAUUUAUGAACAAGACACAUGCUGGUAUGUCAAUUCUCCUGUAGGGAAGAACAUGUUAGCUACAAUGAUGUCCACCAUCUCGAAAUGUGCAAGGUUAAGCCGCAUUUAUACAAAUGUACGCAUCCGAGCCACAACAUACUCCCCAGCAGAUGGUAAAGGUUGCAUUCCUUGUACAGAUGUUACAGAUCAGCCAAAAGAAACAGAUGGACGAGAAGUCAGAGCUGUUGAGAAGAAACCGGAGGUAACUUCAAAGCCUGUCCAAGCCACUCAAAACUCUCAUAUUAUUAAGCAAUUAAAUGCUCCAAUCGUCCAGGCUUGUUUAUCAGUUGCUGUGUCCAAAUCCUUAAGUACUGUUUCUAAUGUAGUUUCACCUAUUAUCAAUAGAGUUUUCCCAAUUGCUCUGACAAGUGCACAGAGGAAUGAGUUACUUAAUGGGCAGAGUUUUAAAAGUACCAAGCAGAAUGAAGAGGUAAAUUUAUCGCUAAUUUCAAAUUCUUUUUUAUUU